CAGGACGGGGCCAUGUUUCACCCAGGUGAACAACCAGAUGUGCCAGGGCCAGCUCAGCGGGAUCGUCUGCACCAAAACCCUCUGCUGCGCCACCAUUGGUCGAGCCUGGGGCCACCCCUGCGAGCAGUGCCCCGCCCAGCCACACCCCUGCAGGAGGGGCUUCAUCCCCAACAUCCGCAGCGGAGCGUGCCAAGAUGUGGACGAGUGCCAGGCUGUGCCAAAUCUUUGUGCCGGAGGAACUUGCAUCAACACCGUGGGAUCCUACGAGUGUAAAUGUCCCGCAGGCCACCGUCAGAGUGAAACCAGCCACAAGUGUGAAG